UGAGGUUUCUCUUUCAGCUAAAGUUUGAUCUCGUUUCUUUCCUGAAGGCAAUGUAUUCAUUCAUUUCUUCAGGCAUUCCUGUAUUCAUCAAGCCAUAUUAAUAGAAUGCCUUGAAUGUGCCAGGCACUCAAGUUGUACAAGGCAGCCUAAGUUACGCUCAAGUUGCUUGGCAUCUGAUAAAGGAGACCGACAGGGAAUUACAGUACGGUUAGGUGUGGUGAGUGGGGACGGUACCCAAGGUCCGCCCAGAGGCACCAGGGGCUCAGAGGACGGUCAGACUUGGAAACCAGCCUGCAUAAAUCUGAGGAUGUCCAGAGGCUUUCCAGAAGGCUUUCCAGAGGCUGAGAUGCAUUUUGAAACGUGAAUUGGAGUUAGCAGAAAAUAAAGACGACGAUGAUGAUGAAGAAAAAAGCUGAAAGUGGGGUGGGGACAGCAGUACGGGCAGAGAUCAGCUCGUUUGAAGGCAUGGAGGAGGUGACGUGUUGUGUAUGGGGACCUAAGUGUGGCCUUUGGAGGAAUUUGUAAGUGUCUGGGUUCGAGAUCCUAGGAUUCAGAAGGAGGACUUUUGGCAUUCUUAUAUCGACUAUGAGAUAUGUAUUCAUACAACUGCCGGAACUUCCAUCUAAAAACCUAUUUUUCAACAUGAACAAUCGCCAGCAUGUGGAUCAACGGCGCCAGGGUUUGGAAGAUUUCCUCAGAAAGGUCCUACAGAAUGCACUUUUACUUUCAGAUAGCAGCCUUCACCUCUUCUUACAGAGCCAUCUGAAUUCAGAAGACAUCGAGGCAUGUGUUUCUGGGCAGACUAGGUACUCUGUAGAAGAAGCAAUUCACAAGUUUGCCUUGAUGUACAGACGUUUCCCUGAAGAAAAUGAAGAAGGAAAAAAAAAUGAUAUAGAUUAUGAUUCAGAAAGUUCAUCCUCCGGGUUUGGACAUAGUAGUGAUGACAGCAGUUCACAUGGAUGUAAAAUGAGCACAGCUCCACAGGAAUCCUGAAAAAUAAUUCUAAUGUUACUAUCUUAGGAAUAGCAAAUUAUGUCCAGUCAUAGUGAAGAAAGCUUGCUAAUGACAUAUUCUUACCUAACGCUCACUGUCAUGACAUUAGGUAUUUAAAUUCUUCAAGAUGUUGGGUUGUUUAUUAGUAGUAUUUUUAUGUUCUUAUUUUGGCUAAGCUUCUGUAAAAAGCUAAAAGCCUGUGAAUGCAACACUCCUUUAUAGGCAAACAUUAUUGGUAAAACAAGACCCUGCCCUCAAAUAAAAUAAUUUAUAUGUUUAAAAAAGCCUAGUUGGUUUUAUUGAAUUUGAAAAGAUAGGUAAACAGGUAGCAUUUAUAAUCCAGAUAGAGCGUUUCUUCUUGUAUCAGUGGGGCAGUGUUACUGUAAACACAGCGUGUAUGAACUCCACCACUAAGACUGACAGUGGAGACCAGACUGCUUCGUUCAGACAUGCGGCUGGUAUUUUGUGGGUACUUCCCCUGCACUGGGAAAACACUUUGCUUUUGGGUGUUUGAAAUAUUUUAAGAGUGUUUAACCUUUUCGGUAUUGUACUUGACACUUAGAUGGGAAAUGUUAUCUUAUGAAUAGACAUGUUAAAAUAAUGUUUACAUCUUAGAGAAAACAGAAAUUGUGCUCGUAAUUUUGCUUAUACUUGCAAUACAUAGAUUCAGAAAGACAGUUUCAUUGUCCCAAAUCAGCUUUAACAUAUUGUUUCCAGGAAACAAAUAAUUUGUUUUCAUUAUCAUUGCGUAAUUAGAAUUAUAGGUUAAUGAUUUAUUUUCUGACUAAAUGUGCAGUUUCUUAUCACUAGAUAACUUUCAGUGUCAGUGGUGGUUACUUGUUACUUAUCUUUAAGUUAGAAGUAGCAUCUUAUACAAAUUAAUAAAUUAAUUUUACCAAUAAGUAUUCCCAUAAUUUAGAAAAGGAUAUCAGCUUGCUAAUUUCAGAAUUAAUUAUUCAUUUUCAAAAAGCCCUUUCUUUUUAGGCAUCUGCCAGAAAAUUGGUAUAAUUUAAUAAAAUUUUUUUUAUUAUUUAUUUAUUUUUUUUCAGUGGCCCAAAGAGAAAAAUGUCUUGGGUAAACUACAUUGAACUUCAAAUUUCAGAUGAGGUACCAUUUUCUUGAGAUAAUUACAAAGUUUCUUCCUUGUUGACUGGUACAAAAUAUCUCUGAAACUAACAGGAAGAUAUUUUUACAUAACUGGGAUAACUUGUUGCUUUAAUUAAAUGGUAUCUCACCUCAUUUUAUUUUAACUAGGAGUUUUAAAGUUACUGUUUUAAAAAGUCUUUGAAAUGCUUUAACUAAGAAGCAACAGAAAAAAAUUAAAUUUAGAAUAAGAAUGAUUUCCGUAAUUUAUUUUCUUGUUUUUUGUUUGGUCUAAGACAUUAUUGAGCAUUUGCAAAUAUUUUGAUUUAACGUAUGCAGGAUCUUGUUACUUAAUCAUCUAGGACUCAUUAUUUUAAUACAGGAAAAAAAAAGAUUUAGCAGUUUCUUUUUUAUCUUGCUAACAUGUAAAGUUUGCCAUAUAGUCAUUUAAGAGUGCUCCCCCACUCCUUGGCAAUAUGUAUUUGAAUUUCACAUUGUUUUCCAGCAGUUUUGAAAAGCAUGCAAUAUGCCACUGAUUGUCAUAUUAUUUUUACAUGAUGUAACAGGCAUCAAAAUGGAUAUUAAGUAAUGCCUAAUACUAUGGUAUGUAAACUUCAUGAGAUCAUUGCUUUCACAUUAAACAUGAAAAAGUCAACUUUAGUUUGUUGGAUCACUUAUUUUAUACAAGAGAAUAUAUUUCUUCUGACUUAGAUUUAAAUUCAGUGUGUUUGAAUGAUUGGUAAUUUUUAAUGAAGAACUUUGGUAAAAUUUGUUUUAAUAUUCACUCUAAUUGUACACUUUUGAGGCUUUUAGCCUUGGUUUGGUUGUUUUGAAAUCUAAGCACUGGCUUGUUAAAACUGAUAGCCAGCAGCGGAGAUAUUUAGAUGAACUUCAACCCCCAGUGGCUUUCUUGCUUUGUUCAAGUCUCUUGUUUUUCUUUGGCAUAUGUUUAUAAAGCUUUCUUUAGGAAAAGAAAAUAAUUACUUCAGUAACUAAACUAAAUAGAACAGAUGUUUAUUUAAAACUGUUUUUAAUGUAACUUAAAGAAUUCUAAUCUUGGGUCUUUUAUGAUUUACCGUACAUCAAAACUGUAUUUCCCUGGCUAAUUCUGAAAGUGUAAACUAUUCACCCAUAAAGUCAGUUUAUGUGCUUUAUUUGAGAACUUGUUUUAUAUAUAUAUAACCCAAAGGUGUCAACAAUGAAAGUCAACAACCUGUUACUUAGAGCUUCUUUUAAAGUCUCACUUGGAAAAAGGUGAUUUAAAUUCUAGUUAAAAUUUCACGUUUUAAAAAUUUACUAAGGACAAACAAAUGUUUAUCUUUAAGUGGUUAUGUCCUUUAACAUAUUAAGUAUCAUGCAGGAGCUUUUCAAGCCGAGUUCACAUUUUAUU